AUGGUUAUAUCUUUCUGCCUAACUAUAUCAUUGUUGUUAUCCCUCACAAAUGCCUUUGAGGUUUCAAUGAGGACUCUUGAUUAGGACAGAUAAUUAUCAAGGGAUUAAAUUCAAUUCAAAGGCAAGUUAAGUUUUCUGUUUAACAUAAGAGACAAUUUGAAUAUGCCUGCAGUUUGGAAUAAGUUUUUCAGUGAGGCUCCAUAGGAAAUGUACUCAAUAUAUUACCAUUCUAGCUUCAAGAGCAUUAUUAAUCUUGAUUAGUAAAUCACAGCAUUCAGAGUUCCAAGAGUCAGAAUUGAUAGUGAUGAAUAUGACACUUUCAAAGCUUGGACUUAGCUCAUCAAGAUGGCUACAAUUAAUGAUAAAAACCAAAAGUUUAUCCUUCUUACGGAUUCGUCCAUUCCAAUCUUCAAUUUCUUUACUAUUUACGAAGCGGCUUUGUCUAAUGACUAUACUCUGUUGCAAGCUGCUCCUUUUGAACUUGGAAAAGACACUCUAUUUCCAACUUACAGCAGACUUCUAUCAUUGUUCAGUUCAGAUGAAGUUCUUAGACACAGUGCAACAAUGAUCCUGAGAAAAGACCAUGCUAUUUUGCUACUUAAAAAGAAUGAAGAGAUUUUGAAUACUUUUAGAAGACUCAGACCAAUGCCAGAUCCAAAUAACGUUCUUAUAGGAACUUAUCUUAAAAAAGAAGGACUUAGUGAAGAGUUGAGAAACCAUUGCAUAGCUUAUAAUGACUUUUCAACUGAUUUCGAUAGCUUUGAUUAGUUGAUCACAUACGAGGACUUAGGAGAUGCUCAAAUUGAUUGUCUAUUCUACUCAAAUGUUACAAGAGGCACUAAAAUUCAGGAUGAUGCAUUCCAAAGAAUAUUCAAACUAGGAAAACCAUAGGCACCAAAGAAACAAGAUGAUAGUGAAAGCAGAUAAUAUGAUGAACUUUGA